AUGAGUUUUGAGGGACCUGUCCAGCCUAAAGAUUUUAUAACCAGAAGCUGCUGUAACUAUGAAGAGAAUCCUACGAGUGGAACUCCCAUAGAAACUGGUCCCAUUUGCACCUUUAAUCAUCUUGAGUGGAGAGACGAUAUUCAGGCUAGGUUUGGUCGAUGCUUCGGGGCGGACCAUUUGUUAAAGAGUGUAAAAGAGAAGGUGAAUUGCUGUGAGGGUGAUGUCGAGACCGUGGAUUGCACUGUUGUUGACCAGUAUGACGGGGACACUUUGACAUGUCCUUGGGGAUCUGUUGUAAAUGGACUUGGUGUCAAUUCAGAGGAAGUAACGUAUCUGGAGUGUUGCCUGACGAACUGUAGGUACGGUAAAUGUGUGGAGAGAGUGCGUGAGUGUGUUGAUGGUGAGAUUGUGCAAGAUAUCACCAUGAACGGUGGAGAGCUCGUCAUGAGGUGCUGUGCUGUUCUUGAGAUGCUCUCUGACCACGAAUUCCAGGAAAGAAGGAAAAUACCAACACGCAGAACAAAACGAUCCACAGCCUCAUUACGUGACCUAUACAGCAUGCCCUCUCCUCCUACCAUAGACCCGACAUACCACCUCCGGAGGAGACGUGAAGCACCGACCCCAGACCCUGCUGAUUGUCAUUUGAGCCACUUCUCGGAGAAGUCGGAGAAUGCUAACUAUGCGGGCUGUGAGAGGAAGAACUCCGUUAUGAGAAAGGCGGGCUUCAGUAACAUUGAGUGUUGCAGUGCUAACUGUGAAACUAGCAGGUGUAACAUUGUUGAAAUGGACAGUAGGAGGACAUUUAGCUGCCCCCCGGGAACUAUAAUAAACGCUAUCGGCAAAUCAACUGUAACAGAUAAGAUAAACCUAUUGUCAUGCUGUGAUCUGGAUUGUAGAAUUGGAGAAUGUACGACCCGUAGUGCGUACUGUAAGCCGGGGGAAGUUAUCAGUAGUGUUAGGAAGGAUGUGAACUGUGAUAGACUCCCCUGUCCUUUCAAAGUAGAGUGCUGUAAAACAAUGGAUAAAUACUCGGUUGUCACUGGAAAGAUCUCCACACCACUCAGUGCCUCACCGGAGCUAGGAGUAUCUGAUGAUAAUGGUGGUCAUGUUGAACAUGACGAGUCGGCUGCGUAUAAGAAGUUCCUGAUACCGACGGAAGACUGUCCGUACAUCAUGCGGGGAAGAGCGGUCACGUGUCCUGUUAAGUACGAACUGGACGUAGUUCACACGAUAGACGAUGGAAUGUUGGAGGGAAGGUGUUGCAUCUCUUCUGAUAUCAUCACUUGCAUACCAACACUUUCCGGACCGUGUCAGGAUGCUAUCUGCAGUGUGGGCAUGGCUGGAAGUGGACUCUUCAAACUGGGCUGUCUCUCUGUUGAAAAUGAUGAGCCAGGUAACGAUCCUAGUGAAACAACAGCAUCAAACUCCGAUGAACACAUAGACAGCGAGCACGGCUUCAUCAACUCCAUUAAAGAUAGAUACAACUAA